AGAACAAGUCCAGACUUGAAGCAACGUGCAGUUCCUUUUAACUAAUUUUAUCGACCAAUCCCUCUUAACAAUCUUAAACCACUUAUACAACCAUUGUCAGAUGAUUUUCUUUGCACUGUGAUUAUUUUAAAAAUGAGGAUAACUUUAUAUUUAGUGGCCAUAAUUCUUCUAGGAACUGGUAGUCAUUCUAGUUUAGUAGGCUGGAUUUUAGGCAGAGACAGCUCUCCUUUUAACAUUUUGAGUAGUGAAAAACAAUUUGACAAGCUUAUGGCUGUAGCAAAAGAAGAUGAUAAGAUUGAAGUUUCUGAACCUGAUGAGAGUGCUGUGCAAGCAAGGUCUGAUAUUCCAUUUGAGCUAUCUGUAGCUGAUGAAAAAUUCAUUGCCGAUGCACAGAAAUAUACGGACCUUAGUAUGAGCGAGCUGGAUGUCUGCCAGCAUAAAUUAAUCCUUCAAUUGAAGCAAGACUGCAAUGAUCUCUCAGAGGAAGAUUUGUCUAAGUUGGGUGUGAAUCUUUUAAACUGCCAAUCAAGAUUGGAAGGGCGGAGAGUCUAUCCAUGCUCCUCUACAAUGACUUUAAAGGAAUGUACUUCUGACAUGGAUUCCGACACCUGGAAUGCCUACCAUAUUCUAUCAAAUAGAGCAAGAUCAGUGUGCUAUGGUGCCCGCCAACAACAGUUUAGAGCACUGACUCAAAUGACAGUCAACAAACUCAUGGCCAGUUCUAGUCAACAAUUGGGAUUCAUUAGAGAGCUCAAGGCUGAGCAAGAGGAACUUGGAUCUUUGGCUGCUGAUACUUUAACUUCUUUGACCAAAGGUCAAGAAAAGUUGCUGGAACAACAAGACUUUCUGAAAGCUACCCAGCAGUUGGCUUCUCAACAGAUAAGCAGCACAAUGAGAGAAGUGUCAAGGGAACGCGCGGCCGCUUUCGCAAGCCAACGCCAACUCGCUUCCUUGAGUGAUUCGUUGAAGGAAACUUUGAAUCAAGCUGCUCAGCUAGCAAUGGAACAAGAAAACGAUCGGAAGAUAGCACAGCAACAUCUAAUGGACUCUUUAUUGAACAUCGAGGGUCACGUUGGCGAAGUUUGGAAUCAAUUAGAGGAAAGUGUUAGUAAAUUGCUCAGUCAGCAAGAUUACGCUGCUCACAUGCAGUCGGAAACGAUCGAGACUUUACAAAAACUAAACCAUACGUUCCAGUUUUUGCUUAGUGUGUCAGAAAACAGUCGUGAUCAACUCAAUUGGAUUCAAAGCUUAGUGGUUAAUACAGAGAAAAAGGUGGGAAAGUUGUCGACGUGGGUGCUUCACGUUUGCUACUUUCUAUUGGGGAUGCUGUUGUUAGCUUUCGUGCAAGCCCCGGCCUACAUGCGAUGGAUUUUUUUGUUCUUGGUUCCUAUCAAUUUAACAAUGGAUCUACAACAAGGUGUUUCCAUGGAUGCGCCAGCUCUCGUAGGCCUUCUUUUUAUGUUCUCUCUGGGAUAUCGAGUAUUUCUAUUUCUGAAAUCUCGAUGUAGUUCUGGUUCAGCCUCAACGACCAAACAACAGGAAAUCCAAUAUCGUUGUUCAACGCCAGAUGCAAAAAGUUUUGUCUCCGUCUCAGACAAGUCUAUUGAGGACCUGCUUAAUGGCUGUACCUUAAUCAACGACACCUUUGAUGGAGAUCGCACUCCCUUACCUUCUCCUUCAUUUGACAAGCUUUUGACACAUCAAAAACAUAAAAGCGUUCGGUCGAUUUUACAAGACACCAUGCAAGACGACGCCAGCUUCGCAAGCAGUGUUCAUCGCCGCAGUCCAAGGAGGGCACCGAGUUCAAAUUCGUUCAGAGACCUUUCUCCAACUCGUUCGGUGGUUUCCAACGUUUCUCUCAGCCAAUCGAGAAGUGGUACUCCGCGACGACCGUCUACACCUCGUCGUAAUUGCUCUGGCAAAUGCUUGGAUGGUUCCAGUUGCCGAAACGCUGCCACGAAAGAUUCAAUGUUUUGCUGGCAUCACGCAGAACAACACAAAUGAAUUUCUACUACAUCUUACCUUGGGUGAUUUUUUUUUUCUCCUUAAUUUCAACAAAUUCAAAAUGCUUUAAAUUUCCUUUUGGAUAUGUGGGAAAAUACACGAAUUUAUUUCAAAAAA